AUGCAAGCUGCUGGGGCACUAAGUUCUACCAGUUUAGGUACCUUUUCUAGUUGUAGUGCAGAUGAAGAGGGAAAUCAAGAUGAAUCACUGGAGUCAAAGACUUUAUCUGCAGAGGACCAGGUAAAGGACCAUUCCACGGGAACUCGAGUGGUGGCAGGUCAGAUCUUCGUUGAAUCAGGGAAAUCGGACUCUCAGUUGGAGGAUGAAGAGAACUUUCUCAGUCAAGAGGAGGAAAAAGAGAAUUCGCUGGAAGAGUUGAACUCUCUAGAAAUGUCAAAUCUAUUAAAUAAGGAUUUGGAAGAAGCAGAAAUACAAAGUCCAGUUUUGACAGCUAUUGGAGGCACUGCAGAUGGUGAACCUUGCCACUUCCCCUUUUUGUUUAUGGAGAAGGAGUAUGCAGAGUGCACUGCAGAUGGGAGGGAAGAUGGAAGGCUUUGGUGUGCAACAACCUAUGAUUACAAGAAAGAUCAAAAGUGGGGCUUCUGUGAAACUGAAGAGCAGUCUAAUAAGAGAAGGCAGAUGCAAGAAGCCGAAGAUGUUUAUCAGACUGGAAUGAAAAUGCUUAAUGAAAGCAGUAACAAAGCUCAGAAGAAAGAAGCGUAUCAGUAUCUUCUGAAAGCAGCUGACAUGAAUCAUACCAAGGCAAUGGAGAAGGUGUCUUAUGCUUUGUUGUUUGGGGAUUAUCUGAAGCAGAACAUCCAGUCAUCGAAAGAACUGUUUGAAAAACUGACAGAAGAAGGUUCUCCUAAAGGACAAAUGGCUCUUGGAUUUCUAUAUGCAUCUGGUCUAGGAGUCAAUUCUAGUCAAGCUAAGGCCCUGGUAUAUUACACUUUCGGAGCUUUAGGAGGAAAUCUGAUUGCCCAUAUGAUCUUGGGUUACCGGUACUGGGCUGGGAUAGGAGUCCUUCAAAGUUGUGAAUCUGCUCUCAUUCACUACCGACUUGUAGCUAAUCAUGUUGCUAGUGACAUUUCUUUAACUGGUGGCACAGUGGUUCAGCGAAUUCGCUUAGCAGAUGAAGUAGAAAAUCCAGGAAUGGCAAGUGGGAUGCUAGAAGAAGACUUGAUUCAGUAUUAUCAGUUUUUAGCAGAGAAAGGAGAUGUACAAGCCCAGGUCGGCCUUGGACAGUUGCACUUGCAUGGAGGAAGAGGAGUAGAACAAAAUCAUCAGAGAGCAUUUGAGUACUUCAAUCAAGCAGCUAAUGCUGGCAAUUCACAUGCCAUGGCCUUUCUAGGAAAGAUGUACUCCGAAGGAAGUGAUGUUGUACCUCAGAGCAAUGAAACAGCUCUUCAGUAUUUCAAGAAAGCUGCUGAUAUGGGUAAUCCAGUUGGACAGAGUGGAUUAGGAAUGGCUUACCUCUACGGAAGAGGUGUUCCAGUGAACUAUGAGCUAGCACUGAAAUAUUUCCAGAAGGCUGCAGAACAGGGAUGGGUCGAUGGACAACUUCAGCUAGGUUCCAUGUAUUACAAUGGCAUUGGAGUCAAGAGAGACUACAAACAAGCUUUGAAAUAUUUCAACUUGGCCUCCCAGGGUGGCCACAUUCUGGCUUUUUAUAAUCUGGCUCAGAUGCAUGCAACUGGCACCGGAGUGAUGCGAUCCUGUCAUACUGCUGUUGAGUUGUUUAAGAAUGUGUGCGAACGGGGACGUUGGUCUGAAAGACUGAUGACUGCCUAUAACAGCUAUAAAGAUGGUGAUUCAAAUUCUGCUGUGGUUCAAUACCUUCUUCUGGCAGAACAAGGCUAUGAAGUUGCACAAAGCAAUGCUGCUUUCAUACUUGAUCAGAAAGAAGCCAGCAUAGUAGGAGAAAAUGAAACCUAUCCUCGAGCUUUGCUUCACUGGAAUAGAGCAGCUUCUCAAGGAUAUACCGUUGCAAGAAUUAAACUUGGAGAUUACCAUUUUUAUGGUUUUGGUACUGAUGUUGAUUAUGAAACUGCAUUUAUUCACUAUCGACUGGCAUCAGAGCAACAGCACAGUGCCCAAGCAAUGUUUAAUCUGGGCUAUAUGCAUGAGAAGGGAUUGGGCAUUAAGCAGGAUAUUCAUCUUGCAAAACGAUUCUAUGACAUGGCAGCUGAAGCAAGCCCAGAUGCUCAGGUUCCAGUCUUCCUAGCACUUUGCAAGCUUGGAGUGAUUUAUUCCUUGCAGUAUGUACGAGAAAUCAAUAUAAGGGAGAUAUUCUCACAUAUUGAUAUGGACCAGCUACUGGGGCCUGAGUGGGACCUUUACCUUAUGACCAUCAUCGCCUUGCUUCUGGGAACAAUUAUAGCUUACAGACAAAGGCAACAUCAAGCAAUUCCCAGACCAGCAGGACUGCGGCCAGCUGUGCCUCAACAAGAACCACCGCCAGAGCAUCAACCACCACAAUAGCAACAAGAGCCUCAGUCAAAGAACUGGAUUUUUCCAAAAGGAACAAUUUUCAUUGUGAUUUAGGACUUUGGAUCAACGGUCCCUCCCCCAAAAGAGGCGCAAAGAAGUUUUUCAAAAAAAAAAAAAGAAGUCUGAAGGCUGCUU